AUGCCCCCCAAACUCUCCAUCCCAACCUUUGCAAAAACCCAACUCGCCCUCCUCCGAAAAGAACAAGACAUCGAAAUCGCCGAAUCGACCUCUCUCAUAUCCUCGCACACACCCACGGCCCUUCAACGAGCUGGCGCGGCCAUCACGAACCUCGUCGUCACCUCCCAGCGUACGGGGCUAGGCGGCAAGACGGUGCUGGAGCUCGGUCCCGAUGGGGCCAUCGGAGAUGAGAUGCCGGAGCAUGGGAUCCGGACGGGGGACGUGGUGCUUGUGGCGGGGCAGGCGGCGGGGGAUGCUAAGAAGAGGGAGGUGAGGGAGUUGGAGAGGAAGGGGGUUAGGGGCGUUGUGGUUAGGGUUGGGAAGGGGGCUGUUUGGGUUGCGGGGGAUGAUGGGGAGGGUAGUGGGAGCGUCGAGGAGAGGGGGUUGACGGGGAGGGUUUGGGUUGUUAAGUUGGCUGAUGAUGUUACGUUUCGGAGGAUGAGCCAGACCAUGGAAAAACUUGAAAAGAUGGACGAGUCUCAGUACACGAGCUUCAUGCGUGUGCUAUUCGGCCUAUCGAGCCCGACACCCGUCCCAAGCGAUCCCGAGUCCGACCCAGCUGUUGGCAAAAUCGAGUGGCUCGAUCCGACCCUGAAUGGCUCCCAAAAGGAUGCCAUCAGAUUCGCCCUAGCCUCGCGGGAGAUUGCUCUUAUACAUGGGCCACCGGGAACGGGCAAAACCCACACUCUCAUUGAACUCAUCCUCCAACUCAUAAAACGCAACCAACGCAUCCUCGUCUGCGGCCCCUCCAACAUCUCCGUCGACAACAUCGUCGAGCGCCUCUCCCCCCACAAGAUCCCCAUCCUUCGCCUCGGCCACCCCGCGCGCCUCCUCCCCUCCGUCCUCAACCAUUCCCUUGACGUGCUCACCCGCACCUCCGAGGCCGGCGCCAUCGUCAACGACGUCCGCGCCGAGAUGGAUGCCAAGCAAGCCUCCAUACGCAAGACAAAGAGCGGGAGGGAGAGGAAAGCAAUUUACGGCGAUCUGAAGGAGCUGAGGAAGGAGUAUCGACAGAGGGAGAAGAAGUGCGUGACGGAUUUGGUGAGGGGGAGUAAGGUUGUGUUGGCGACUUUGCAUGGUGCGGGCGGGUUCCAGUUGAGGGAUGAGAGGUUUGAUGUGGUGAUUAUUGAUGAGGCGAGUCAGGCUCUUGAGGCGCAGUGUUGGGUGCCGCUGUUGUCGACGAAGAAGGCCGUUUGUGCGGGUGAUCACCUUCAGCUUCCGCCGACGAUCAAGUCUCUUAAUAGCAAAGUGAAGCAAAGAGAGUCCACUGGCAACGGCGGCGACGAGGAGGUCAUCGCCACAGGCAUCACUCUUGAGACGACGCUCUUCGACCGGCUACUCGCGCUCCACGGCACGGCUAUCAAGCGCAUGCUCACGACGCAGUACAGAAUGCACGACAAGAUCAUGAGGUUCCCUUCCGACGAGCUGUACGAGUCUAAGCUGGUUGCAGCCGACGCCGUCAAGGAUAAGCUCCUCACGGACUUGCCUUACGAUGUCGAAGAGAACGAAAACACGUCGGAGCCGCUCAUCUUCAUUGACACCCAGGGCGGAGACUUCCCCGAGAAGAACGAGGAUGAGGAUGAGGCGCUGAAGAAGGGAAAGUUUGGCGGCCUCUAUGGUGAGAGUAAGAGCAAUGAGAUGGAGGCGUUGCUGGUGAGACAGCACGUCAGGGAGCUGGUCGACUCUGGAGUCAAACCUGAGGAUAUCGCCGUCGUGACUCCCUAUAACGCUCAGCUAGGGCUUCUAGCACCCCUAAAGGAGCGAUACCCCGGCAUCGAGCUCGGCAGCGUAGACGGAUUCCAAGGCCGUGAGAAGGCGGCUGUGGUUGUGAGUCUUGUCCGGAGCAACACCCAAGGCGAAGUGGGCUUCCUGGGCGAGAAGAGGAGACUCAAUGUAAUCGGCGAUUCUGAGACGGUAAAAAGGGGCAGCAAGUUUCUCAAAAGGUGGAUGGACUUCCUCGAGGACAACGCCGACCUCAGAUAUCCCGACAUUUCCGCUUUGCCGCGGGACAUCUAA